AUGGGUGUUUCGCUUAUAGCAAUUCUUCUAGUAAUACGUACUAGUCGUGGUUCCAAUCUAGUUUUUCACUAUCCAAAGGAACCAAAACGACGUGAUGAACUUGAACGGAUAGCUCGGAAAAGCGAGGACCUUGAUGAAUUCGGAGAUUUACUCGAAGACGGCGCAAUAACUUGGCCUUAUGGGAUUGCGGACGACGCCGACAAGCGAUCUUUAAAUAAUGCUAUUGAACAUAAUGCGAUUCAUAACAAGUUGUUUGGACUUGAAACUUCUGUAUUGGCAAUUGCUUUAUGCCCAAACCCUAAAGGUUCCUCAAAAUUCCAAUUAUCCAUUGAUGAUCUAACAUUUGUUGGACAGCCUGUAUUUAUGAAUAGAGCAGAUGAAGGCAACCAAAGUGAGGUCCCACUUUCAAAAGACAAGGAAAUAACUAAAAGAAGUGGAGAUAGUGAAAAUUCAACUGAUAUAGAUGAUGAUGAUGAUCUUCGAAAACAUUUAUUAAGACUCUCAGCUUCUGAAGAGCCUUCAUUUGAUGAUGUGACAACUCAAACACCUUUUAACGUUACAUUGGGUAAUAAUGAUAUUUCUUCGACCAGUACGAAGCAACAACAUUCAACAUUUUUCCAUCUUGUAUUUGUACUUGAUCCACCUGAAUUGGAACUAUGUAAACAAGUAGAUAGUAUACAUAAACACGUUAUUGCUAAAUUGACGACUGCAUUGCAGUAUGAGCAACGGAGAUGUGGGUACGUUAGAAAAGAGUCUGAAUUGAUAAUGUCAUUGAGAGACAACACUGAUAUUGCUUCCAUGGAUAAAUUAAUGGAAAUUAUAUUGGAGAAAAGUUCAUUAGCCCGAACCAUUCGACAAGUGUAUGAAUCCAUCUCUACGGAUAGUAUAGCUCACGUUUUAGUCAACGAUUAUAUUGACCUGUCACUACAGAUUCCUCCCCUUGCACCUACUACGCUAUUCGCUCCUGAUAAUGAUACGGAAGGAAACGAAUACACUCACUAUCCUGUAAUUGCACCUUACCAUGCUUUACUACUUCUGGAAGAUCCAGAAGAGAUUCUUAGAAGCAUGCCAUUAGAUUCGAAUCCAACAUUGGUGCAAUUGGUACAGAUAUUAACACCUACACAACGAUUGGCAGAUUUAUGUACCGUAGUGGACUGCUCUUUAGCACAAAUAUUUCGAAUUGCAGCACAUUUGAUCUAUUGGAGAAAGGCAAAAAUCAUUGAUGUGAUUAGCGUACGCAACAUAUAUGUAGUGUCACCUACCGCUGACAUGAACUCGUUACCAACUUAUAUUGAAUAUUUUAAGCAACAUUUCCCACCAGACUUUGACCUUGUAAAAAUUCUUGCUUCACUUUCCACACCUAAACCAUAUUUUAAGAAUCCACUUGUAUCUAGAGAAUUGCAUUAUGAGGGCAAUGGCGUGUCACACAACGCAAUGGAUGAAAAAGCGCUAAUAUCCCCUUAUGAUAAAGCUUCAGACAGUGAAAGAGAAUGGUUGAAUAAAUUGGUGAAUGAUCAACCCAGAGAGACAGUUACAAUGUUUGAAAGGUUAACUAAAUAUUUUAAUGGUAAGCAUCAUGUAGAAGAAAUUCUUUUUCGAGAAACAAUAAAGCCAAGAGAUCUUGGCAAAAUUUUAAGUUUGUUUAGUCGAGAUGAAUUAAUAAUCGUUUGGUGUUAA